AGAGCAAAACCAAGUAUUGAGUGUCUGAUUAUUGGUGCCUCCCUGCAUCUAAGAGAAUUGGUGUAUGGGUGUGGUCGCUCUUUGGCUACAGACAGUCAGGACCCAUGUUGCAGUGGCUGUUAUCAUGCUGUCUGACUUCACCACUCAUGACCCGACUGCCCCCUUCUGGUGCUUUCCAGGAUGAGGUCCUCCGAGGUGUAUUGGGGACACCAUGGACGCUUGGCGUCGUGUGGCUGAACCAGUCUCAACCGUCGCAUGUCCAGAACCCCCCUCCCCCCUCUUUAGCGGCGAUCAUUCCACCAUGGUUGCCAUGUGUCGGGCGCUGGAAAGCCAAAUGAGUUGUGCGUUAGGCCUUAUUGGGUGUUAGACUUAGACUUCGCGCUGACACUGAGAGCGAACAGGAAUAUGAUACUACUCCGAAGUGUGACGA